CCCCUGUCAGAGCCAGGAGCGGGGCGUGGGGCUGGGAUGUGGCAGCUCCGCGGAACCUCCGCCUGGGUGGCCGCGGGAGCCCCUGGGCUCCGAGCACCCGGCUCCCCACGCCCGGGGGCAGGAGCCUCCCAGGUGCCACUGAGCGGCCAUGGAGGAGUCCACGCGGAUGGGUUACUGCAUCGUGGCCGGCAGCUUCGUGGCCUUCCAGUUCUUCUUCUCGGCCGUCAGCCCCCAGCUCUCGCUGGCGCUCAGUCGCCGCUACUGCAGCUUGAACGCUGUCAAAAAGUGCGAGUGGAACUCCAGGUACCGCAGUCCUCGGGGCCUGAGGGGAGCAGGACAGAACCCAGGAGUCCUGGCUCCCAGCCCCCCAACUCUGCCAGGAGCCAGGGCCGCCCGUGCAGCUGGCAUCGGCUGGGCAGAGGGGGCUGUGCGCUCCCCACCCCAUCCCAUGCCAGCCCCUCAUCCCCUGACUCCUUGUGCUUCCAGGGGGGACCCUUACCUGGUGAAACUCAACGUGGCCAUCACCUGCGGCUACCUGCUCUACGAUUUGCUGCUGCUUCUGCGCUAUUGGAAGACGCUGGGCGACUCCCUGUUCGUUUGCCACCACUUGGUGGCGCUGUACGCCUACGGCUACGUGCUGAGCCGAGGGGUGCUGCCCUAUUUCGCCAACUUCCGCCUCCUGUCCGAGCUCUCCACCCCAUUCGUCAACCUGCGGUGGUUCUUUGACACCGUGGGGCAGCCCCGCUCCUCCUGGUUCGUCUUGGCCAAUGGCCUGGCCAUGACCGUGGUCUUCUUCCUGGUACGCAUCGCCGUCAUCCCCAGCUACUACGCCCGCGUGCUGGCCUGGUACGGCACGCCCGAGUACGCCCGCCUGGGGCUCGCCGUGCAGGUGGCCUGGAUCGUGCCCAGCCUAGCCCUGGAGGUCCUCAACCUGGUCUGGAUGUACAAGAUCGUCCGGGGCUUCUACCGGGCCUUCUGCCGGCCCCGGGAGCGCAAGGCGGCCUGCAGCCACAGCGACUAAGCGGGAGCUGGACUUCCCCAGGGGGCAUGGCCGGGGGGCCCCUAAGCUCCCAGCAGAGAUGGAAGAUCCCCUCUAGUUCCCAUCAGAGCCCACAGCAACAGAAAUACCCUGGCCUGGCACGUGCCGCCAGGCACCCGGACUGGCCCCCACUGAGCACCAGGGGCAUCUUGACUGGCACGUGCCCUGCGGGCACCUAGGAAAUUCAUGGAGAUCACAGACUGGCAUAUGCCCCAGGCACCCAGGAAAUCCAUGGGGCACCGGGACUGGCACUGAACACUUGGGACGUCUGGACUGGCCCACGCCCCUGGCUGGGAGCUCGGUGGGGGCCCAUAUGUGGGGCUGGCAGUGCCCCUCACAGAGGGCUAAGGCUGCCCAACCCCCAGCUAGGGGUGUCUUUGGGGGGGCCUGCAUGUCCAUGCAUAAGGGGCGCAGAGGCUCCUGCCGGGUGGGGGGUCCCAUGGGGCAGGGGCAGAGCGGGGAGCCAUGGUAGGGCCACGUUGCAGCCUCUUGAACGUCUUCCCCAGGCCCCCGCACCCGCUCCCACUCCUGCAAAAAGCAGGAGGAACCCCAUGCUACUGGCUGGAAAGUUGGGGGGGCGGG